GAGGCUUGGAGGGACAGGCUGGAGGCCAGAGGCAUCUCAGUGGUGAUAUCAGGUCACAACUCUGCAAAACCCAGAGGAGAUAGUAACCCCUCAGUGUAGGCGGAGCUGUCGUCAUAUCGAUGCUAUUCCAGCCUUGGGAAACAACACAUGGGAGCUUUACUUUGGUCUUGAGAACCUGCGGCCUUUUAUUUACAGACCAACUGUAACCUAGACUACAUUUACUGCCAGAUCGACAACUUCACUGCUCACCUUUUCCUCUGCACCGCUCACAUUCACUGUCACUUCCUGCCCCUCUCGCUCAACCACACACUCACUAUCUGUUCAAAUGUGAAACCCAAUUUUUAUAUCUUCUUCUUCUGCUUGAAUGCCUAAAGUAUCUGGGGUGUGUAAUAGCAACAGAUCUCAAAAUAGGCUUGUAAAUCUUCAACAAUUCUUGGCCUUUUUCAGGAGGUCUGUGGAAAACCCUGGAUGCCUAGUAGUGCAGUCAGUACGUCACUUUCUCUGAGGAUGCAAAAGUUCAAAUUCCCAAGUGGCCAAGUCCUGUCUGUCAGCAAAGUGGCAAUUCAUGCGUGUGAUUUGUUUUCUGUUCACGUUUUUCUCUGCAAAACAUGUUUGUGCAGAAAAACAACAAGAAACACCAAAACUGUAAGUCUUUAAUAAUUAUGUGCCCAUGCUGUGUGUUCUGCAUAGGGAUUAAAAUUAGGCGUACAUUAAGAGACCACACCCACACAGUUGUGGAAAACCAUCAGUUGGACAUCAUAGAGCUAAUAAUAUCUGUCACUGGAUCUGUCACUGGAUUGUUUCAUGAUCAAUCAUGGAACAAUAAUGUUUUACAAAAAUAAAACAUGAUGAUCGUUGUGAUGGAAUACCAUGACCUGAUAUUAUUUGGUUUGACAUUUUGAAAAUGACAUGAUGUUAUUUUUAAUGUUGCCACAUGUUUAGUGGUUGAAUAUGAUAAGUACUAACACAUGGCCAAAUGGAAAUAGUUAGGCUGCAAAGGCAUAUACAAUUGCAAGAGCAAACACACACACACACACACACACACAAACAUAAAUACAGACUUUUCUUUUGUCUUUCAGUGGGAUAUGCAAAGAAUAAGGCAAUAUCUCAAAGUUGUGGACAAUACUUGUGCUUUCAGGAUGCGGAUGAUGUCAUGUUGCCGGAAAGAGUUUGUCUGCAGUAUGAGGCGUCUCUUCUCCACCCAAACUCUCUGAUUGGUUGUAAAGUUCAGAGGCUACCAGAAGGAUCUACAGAGCGGUACACUCGCUGGAUCAACACAAUCACCCAGGAUCAGCUUACCACUCAAGUGUACACAUCUCAUGGACCCACAGUCAUCAUGCCAACAUGGUUUUGCUUAAAGACCUGGUUCCUGAAAGUUGGAUGGUUUGACGAGGGAGGCAAGGGAGUCCCGGAGGACUUACUCUUCUUCUACCACAGUAUUCGGCAGGGAGGGGGCGUGGCCAGAGUCGACCAGUGCCUGCUGGUGUACCGUUACCACGAGAAGGCCGCCACACACUCUGUAACCGAGGAAACUAUUUGGAAGCUGCGAGUGGACUUCCUGCAGGAGAGAGUCCUGAGCCAAUGGGAGAGCUUCACCAUAUGGAACGCUGGGAAACAGGGCCGGAAACUCUACCGAUGGCUCAGCCCGGCCAAUCAGAAGAAGGUGAAGGCUUUCUGCGAUGUCGAUGAGAACAAGAUCCAGAAAGGCUUUUACACAUAUGAGGAAUCCAAGCAAAGACCCAAGCCAAAAAUCCCAAUUCUGCACUACAAAGACGCCUCUGCCCCUUUCAUUAUCUGUGUUAAACUGGACAUGACUGGAGGCGUGUUGGAGGAAAACCUCAACUCUUUGCAGCUAAAGGAAGGAAAAGAUUACUACCAUUUCAACUGAUCAGAGUGAUGGAGGAGACAAGAGGAGCUCUGCAGCUUUAACACACUGCUCAGAGGAAUGCAGGUGAUAACAGGAAGACUGAACUGAAUACUGGGACAGAAACAAUACCAAUACAAAGGAAAGAGAAGGUUAUACUGUAUUUUAUUUGUUAUUUAAGUAUUAAAAGACAUUUUUUAUGCAUAGGAAAGAAUGUGAAAAUGUUGAAGUUCUCAAAGUUUUACUUGGCAGAGUUGACGGUACGGCUGAUAAAGGCACAAAGUCUGGAAACAAAGGGGAACACGGCAACUCAAAGUGUUUUACAUAAAAGCAUAAAAACACAUACCGGGAAACAAGUUACAAAUGAAAGAACAGAUAAAAUGCUUUAAAUAUAAAAUAAAUAUUGUAUAUUAAUGUAACCAGGCUGAUGUGUUCCUCUCUCUUAGUCUCAGUGAGGCCUCCUUUAAAGGUCCAGUGUGUAAAAUGUAGGGGGCUUUGUUUACCGAAUAUGGCAGAAAUUAAAUAUUGUAUAAUCACCUUAAAAUUAGACUCACUAUGUUUUUGUUACUUUAAGAAUGAGCCUUUCAUACGAACGCCGUGGAGUCCGCCACGUUAAACCCUUGUGUUUCUACAGUAGUCCAGAACAGAGAAACUUAACGCUGGCUUUAGAUAGAGCUUUUCACCUUUUUCAUGUGUGUCAUGGCCACUGUAGUAGACAAAUUACAGUGGACAUAACAUGCUUAUUUAUAAGUUUGUUUGUAUGUUUCUAGUCUUUGUGCUAAGCUAAGCUAACCAUCUCCUGGCUGUAGCUUCAUAUGUAAC